AUGGCCGACAAAGAACGACAUCAGUUUUCUCUGCCGCUUUCAAGAGUGAAAACAAUCAUGAAAUCGUCUCCAGAUGUAACCAUAAUCAGUCAAGAAGCUCUACAGAUGACGGGGAAAGCAACGGAACUUUUUAUCCAAGCCUUGGCUAAAGUAUCAUUAGAAAGAAAUAAAGAUUCAGAGAUAACCUACAAUGAUUUAGCAGAAAUUGUUAACAAUGACGAAACUCUACAAUUUUUACAAGAUAUCAUCCCUAAGAAGAUAAAAGUGUCAGAAUAUUAUGAAAUUUUAAAAGAAGAAGAAGCAGAAGAGUCUUGAUUAAAGUUUCUGAAUGAAAAAUUGUUCCUAAAAACUGAUUCUUUGACUAAAACUGAACUCCAAGUACUAGCUUAUGAUAUCGAGGAGAGAUUUUGUCCAAGAUUCCUCUAGCCCUUAGCAUCUUUGAACUCAAGCGUUUUAUUUUUUCUAUAUUAUUUAUCAUUUGUAUAUAUCCAUUAAUUUCAUAAUAAAAUGUUGUCUCAUU